AUGGAGUUUCCAACUUUCAUUACAUUUUUACUUUUGCUAAUGCCUGCACUCGCUUCCUCUCAGUAUGAUGAGAACAUUCUUCUAACUCAUCGUAAGAUAUUGCCGAAACAAGAAACUGUUACCUCGUACGCUGUCAUCAUUGACGCUGGUAGCACCGGAAGUCGUGUCUAUGUCUUCCAUUUUGACCACAACUUGGAACUCCUUCGCGUUGGCGAUGAUCUCUAUUUCAAGGAAACGGUCACACCCGGUUUGAGUUCUUACGCGGAUUUUCCUGAACUUGCUGCGAAAUCGCUGAUUCCACUUAUAGAGGCAGCUGAAAAUAUUGUCCCUCAGGAUCUGGAGCCCAAGACACCCCUUAAGCUUGGGGCAACAGCAGGUUUAAGGCUCUUGGAUGGGAAUGCUGCUGAAAAUAUAUUGCAAGCGGUUAGGGAUAUGUUCAAGAACAGGAGUGCCCUGAACGUUCAAUCAAAUGCAGUAUCCAUUAUUGAUGGAACCCAAGAAGGGUCUUAUCUAUGGCUGGCAGUUAACUAUCUAUUGGGGAAGUUGGGAAAAGAGUUUACAAAGACAGUGGGAGUAGUUGAUCUUGGAGGUGCAUCAGUUCAAAUGGCAUAUGCUGUCUCAAGGAACACUGCAGAAAAUGCUCCAAAAGCACCUGAUGGAGAUCCGUACAUAACAAACCUAGUAGCCAAGGGAAAAGAUUACGAUCUAUGUUCACACAGUUACUUGCGCUACGGAAGAGAAGCAGCUCGUGCUGAGAAUUUGAAGCUCACUAGUGGUUCUGCCAACCCUUGCAUUUUAGCUGGAUUUGAUGGGACCUUCAAAUAUUCAGGAGUGGAGUAUGAGGUGUACCCUCCGAUUUCAGGGCCCAGCUAUGAAAAAUGCAGAGAGAUAGUUCUUAAGGCUCUCAAAGUGGACGAGCCAUGUUCCCAUCAGAAUUGCACAUUUGGUGGGAUAUGGGACGGUGGAAGAGGAAGUGGACAAAGAACUAUUUAUGCUACUUCAUCUUUCUUUUACUUGUCCCGUGAUGUUGGUAUUUAUGAUGCAAAAGCAGAAGAUGCCAUAAUUCGUCCUGUGGAUUUUGAGAGUGUGGCUAAACGAGCUUGUGGACUGACAUUUGAAGAUGCCAAAUCCGCUUAUCCACUUCUUGCUAAAUCGAGAGUUCCAUAUGUGUGCAUGGAUUUGUCAUACAUGUAUGCGUUGCUCGUUGAUGGAUUUGGUGUGGAUCCAUGGCAAGAGAUUAUAGUGGCAAAUAAAAUUCAAUAUCAGGGUGCUCUUGUGGCGGCAGCAUGGCCUCUUGGCACUGCCAUUGAAGCCAUUUCUGCAAUGCCUAAAUUUGAACGGUUAAUGUAUUUUAUUUAA